UUUUUUUUGGGUCGAGACUGCGGCUUUCUGCUACCAUCCAGCAGCCAACUAUUACUACCCGACGAUAGAAUCCGGUCGGUCCUGGAUCAACGGCAGCAGCCAUGUCAACAGUAAACGCCAUCGCUCCCCAGGCAGUAGCGCAGCUUGAUCUCUCGAAACUUUCCUCGCAGAUCGAUCUGCUCGUCGCCCUCCACCUUUGGUCGUGGCCUGCACUGACUUUGGCUAUUCAGAAUGCCUGGGGCGGGUCAGCGCAAGUCUCCAACGACAAAAGAGACUGGAUGGCGGGUGCUGUGUCCGAGCUCUUGACCUCUACUCCUCCGCAACUCGCAGAUGUGGGUGAUUUGGAGGAAGUCCUUCUCCAAGUCAUGCUCGACGAGUUCGAAAUUGUCGUUGAUGACGGGACUGCCGAAGAUGUAGCACGUAGCAUCUGGUCUGGCGCCACCAAGCUCCGAAAUGGUGACCUUGCAGAGCUGAACGAACUAUACGUCAAGUGGCAAGAAAAACAGCAGAAGGGCGGUGACAGGGUUGUUGCCGUGGUACGAGGCGAAGACAAAGAUCAGGACACUGAUUGGGACGAGGACGAUGAAGAGGAAGAGGAAUGGAAUGGAUUCGCAGACAGCCCAGAUGUCGACAUGGACGAGGCUCCCCCUCUGAAUGGUGCCAGAAUGCCGAAACAAAAGAUGGAACCCGAGGUCGAUGAAGAUGGAUUCACCAAGGUCGUCGGCAAGAAGAAGAGAUGAUGAGUUGGCUCACUUUUCGGCCAUAUUUUGAACAGUGAGCAACUAAUCUACGUCCUCUGGGAAUACCUUGCCGUAUUCUGUGACGUGCGGUGCAAGAAUCCGGAAUACUCCUCUUGGGUGGCUACCACUCACGGCGCACCCAAAACGAUAUCAUGUCACGCUCGAUCGUCCUGCCGGCUCUCUAUCAGGCCAAGGCUCUCAUCUUCAGCCCUUCGGUCCUUUGACCACACUCUGACGGCACAGUGACACCCUCAUCUUCCUCUUCUACUCGCCUUGUUCCGUGUCCUUGUGUGCACAGUAGUCGGCUUGUGCUAGGUAGGAGAACAUACCGUGUACAAAAACUGUGAUGAGUAGGAUGCCGGUGAUUGGAUGAACUGACGCUUCAUUCCCACGGGCACCAAAAUCAAACCAAAUCAUCUACUUUGACAUGCUCGUCAGCACCGUUGAGUGUGCAAAGCAAGGGUGGUGCCUUUUUUUGGCCAGAAGUGAAGGCAUCAGGAUCUGGUCAAUUGUUACCUUUCUGAUCGAUGACUCUUUCAAAGAGAAAGAUAAUGUCGGGAACACAAGGACGACCAGUUGAAGGACUCCUGGUUGAAGUGAGAAGCUUUGCGAAGAAGCACCCUCACAAGAAAUCAUGAUAGUACUCAUAGAUGUGCCCCGCCGGGCCUGCCUUCAUUUGGUGGCGACUGAGAGAGGCACAUUGCGAACGAACAUAAGGGGUCAGGACAGACCAUUUUUCGGUGUGUUUAUGAAAUUCUUCCGGUAGAGAGAGCCCAUAGUGGAUUUGGGGGGACUUUACAAUAAUUAUACAGCAAGACAUGGGAGAUUUUCCCUUCCUG